AUUUCUAGAUAAAAGGAGCAAAUACAGAGUAGUUUUAUGAAUAGAGAGGAUAGUGGGGAGGGUGAAAAUGAAUCAAUUACAGUUAUAGUUGAGUGGAGUUGUAGCUCUAUAAUUAAUGAGUGAUAAAGAUUGCGGUGAAUACAACUUGUAUAACGUGUAGUUUUGUCAUCUCUCUGCUUCUUUUUCUCUUUCUCUCCUAAUCAAUUGGAGAGCUCUCUAAUAUCUGUUCCAUUACUUCCCUUAUUAAAGUCCUCACUGCACCUCCAUCUCCCCUUGUUUCUGAGGUGAAAGAAAAAGGAAGCUUUUUUAUCUCAAAAAUAUAAAAAAUAAAACAGAAAACAAGAAAGCAGAAGGAAGAUCAUAUAGUCAUGGGUAAAAGUAGGCCAUCAAAAUCAGACUCUAAAACUUCAAGAUUGCUUGAACAACAACUUGUUGCCACCAAAAAGAGGAAGGUGGCUCAGAAAGUUGUGAUCACAGUGCAAAUGGAAGCAAAUGAUAUAAAGCAGAAGAAUGAAGGGGCUCCUUCAGAUUGUUGGAGCUGGAGAAAAUAUGGACAGAAACCCAUCAAAGGAUCCCCUUAUCCCAGGGGUUACUACAAAUGCAGCAGCUCAAAGGGUUGUUCAGCUAAGAAACAAGUAGAAAGGUCCAGCACAGAUUCAUCCUUGUUCAUCAUUACAUACACAUCCACCCAUAAUCAUCCAGGUCCAAAUUUUCCUAACAAAGACUCCCCUCUCAAUCCUGUUACACAAGAUUCUUCCAUGACUCUGCAGCAACCAAUAACGGAUCGACACGUGUCCCUCGAAGUCAAUGACAGCAUUUCCCUUGUCCAGCAAGAAGAGAAUCAAUUCACUCAUAAAUUCUUGGGAACAAUUUCAUAUGAUGAUUUUCUUCCCCUUUCUUACCCUCAACUAAUGAACUUCCCAAAAUCAGAAUUGUCAGAAGAAAAUGACUUUUAUGAUGAACUAGGAGAAUUACAACUACCUCCAUCUUUUACUUCCUUUGCAGGCAUUUUUGAGGAGACAAUCCUUGUAGAUCCCUCUUAGUAAAACUGCAGAGAUCACGGUUCACAUAGGUUUCAUUGACAGGUAGUAGUGAUAUCUUAAGUUUGUGAAUUUCUUGAUGGGUAAUUUGUUGCCAAUGCCUGAGGUCAAAUCAUUUCAUUUGGCACAUUGUAAGUAUGAUAUCACAGACGGAGACUCAAAUACAUUUGUAGCCAUGUAAAGGAAGCUCGCUGCUUUGUUUUUUAUAAUAGGAUGGACACUUACAUUUUUUGUUUUUA